AUGGAAUUCAUAAUCAAAGAGACGAAUGGAAAAUCCUUCACUGUCGUUCAUGAUGUGGUUCUAACUACGUCUUCGUGUUCGUGCAAGCACUUCGAGUUGUACGGGUGGUUGUGUAGACACGUAUUUGUUGUGCUCAAAGAUCUGGGCUUCAAUCUCAUUCCGUCAGCAUAUAUCAUGCCGAGAUGGACAAAGCAGACGAUUACCGAGCCCUGUGUCGACCACCUCAUUGAAUUUUCAAAAAUCGUCGAAGCAUACAAGAUUAAGCUACUGUCUGCUCGAACACCAGGGGAUGCAACAAUCAAUGGGGGUGUUGUGGAUGAUAUGCACAUUGAAAAAGAACACCAUUUUGAAUCAUUCGUCGGCAUGGCCGCUCCUCGAGAGGUAAACAUUCACCCACCGACCCAGUCCAAGAACAAAGGUAGCGGUAAGAGAAUAAAGAGUGCGAAAGAGAAAGGGAUUGAAGGGUCGAAAAAGAAACGAAGGACGUGCAAGUCAUGUGGUGAAAUGACAGGCCACAACGCACGUACAUGCCCCAAGAAGCAUCAGACAUACAUGUCAAAUCCAACCGCGGAACAGGCGACAAGCGAGGCGACAAGGGGAUGA